ACUGCAAUGCAGUGAUACUGAAUCCAGCUUUGUAGAAUAUGUGUCUGAAUUACAUUGUCUCCUGAAUUCAGGCAGUGGUUGUAGAUCUGCUUGUAGUGUGCUGCAGCUGCUGCUAGCACUCUGUGUCCUGUGGAUUGCACCAUCUAAAUAGGUGCUGAGGCCCUAGUGUGUGAUUCAUGGAAAGGAAAGAAAGCAAACCAAAUUCUGUCCAUUUUCCAGAGUUAAUAAUUCUUUUGUUUCUUAUGCAGGGUUGGCUACCAAAUGGCUCUCUUGAAUAGACGAGUUGGUUUAUCCUUAACCCAUCUAAGCAGUGCUGUGAUCCAACGACAGUUCAGCAUCACUGGAGCGUGCCGAGCAAUACAGAAACUAACCCGCGUGCGAGUGGUGGACAACAGCGCCUUGGGGAACACGCCCUACCACCGGCCACCAAAAUGUAUCCACGUGUAUAACAAGACUGGAGUUGGCAAAGUUGGAGAUAAGAUUCUUCUGGCUAUCAAAGGAGAAAAGAAGAAGGCUUUAAUUGUAGGGCACAAGAUGCCUGGCCCCACCAUGACACCUAGAUUUGAUUCCAACAAUGUGGUACUCAUAGAAGAUAAUGGGAACCCAAUAGGGACUAGAAUAAGAACACCAAUACCCUAUACACUGCGAAGAAGAGAAGGCGAGUUCUCCAAAGUAUUGGCCAUUGCCCGCAACUUUGUAUGAAUGCUGAGAGGUCUUCAGCAAUCCUUCUAUAUCCUUUAAUGCAGUAGUUGUUCUAGAUCCUUUUCCAGAAACUGGUGAAACAUGAAAAAGCUGAUGUUCAUCAAGAAUAUCUCUUCCCUUUUAAGAAUUUCAAGCAACUAAUUUAAAUAUUGAAAUAGUUUCUUUUUCUCCAAAAGAAGGUUGAUUUAUUUCACAGAACACCUGCAGUAUGUUUGGGAAACAGUCCUUCACCCUUACUCCUCCUGUGGUGUUAAUCUGGUUUGUCAUCAUUAAAAUGAGACCGUGAAAA